CCGAGCUCUGCAGAAACAUGGACAACUACUCGUACAACUUCCCCUCUGACUGCACACCUCUAACCAACUGCAAGUCUGCCCGGAAACCAGCCGGUUCCACCGUGGUCAACAUGGGCCACAUGGGCAAGACCCCUCCUCGGGACUACCUGUUCUGGUCCCUGUGCAACACCUUGUAUGUCAACUUUUGCUGCCUGGGAUUCAUGGCGCUCCUCUACUCCAUCAAGGCUCGGGACCAGAAGACUCAGGGCAACCUGCAGCUGGCCCAGGAGUGCUCGGACAAAGCCAAGUGGUACAACAUCCUGGCGGCUGGCUGGAACCUGAUGAUUCCUCUGCUGGCCGUGGUGCUGCUGGUGCUCCUGCUGGUCCACUUGGGAUCCUCGCAGGGCUCCUUCGACUUCCUGGGAGAAGACGGAUUCCAGAACUUCCUCAAACUGUUCAGUUGGUAGACGGUGCGCACGAAAAAAAAACACCAAGGCAAUUUGAUUUCAUCCGACACAAAAAUUACACUUUCUUUUUAUU